AUGUCCCUCGAGAACACUACAAAACUUACAAGUCCCACAAUCCAGCUACUAGUUCAACAGGAAGCGGUCACUUUCUUUCUAACAUUCAAUCUCUUGGUCUGCGGGGAGAUAAUCGGAGUGCUUGGAAUUGUCGGUAACGUCAUCAACAUUGUUGCCUUCACCAAAGAAGGCUUGCAAGACAGCGUGAACAUUACCUUAAGCGCCCUAGCCGUCAGCGACAUUGGGGCUCUCCUCACUCAGAUGGUGGUGAAUAUAUGUUUCAGCCCGUUCUGGAACGGCGCGGACAUUCAGUAUUCUUCGCUCGUGGUUUUCUCUACCAUGUUUUUCUACCCCCGAGAAUAUUUUAUGAGAGUAAGCGGCCUGAUUACUGCAUUCGCCACCUCUGAGAGAUGCAUGUGUGUUCUCCUGCCUUUGAAAGUAAAAGGCAUCAUCACUCGCAAAGUCGCUGCGGUUGUGGUCGGCUCUAUUUUCGUGGUAAUCUCUGCUUAUAUGUUUCCCCCUUACUACGUCACGUACUUCGACUGGGGUUUGGAUACGAAACGAAACCAAACAAAAAUAUUGCUUUUAUACCGAAACAAUCCGGAAACAGUGCUCAGAGUUUCCUAUUUAAUAACGGACAUGUUUGUGCCAUACGCCACGUUCUUUAUUUUAAUUCUCUGCAACGCUGUCAUAGUUGUAAGGCUCAGGUCUAGCUGGAGGUGGAGGCGUACGGUCACAUCGGGCAAACAUUCUGGAAGCAAGGAGAUCUCCGGCAAAGAGAAGAAGCUGGUGAAAAUGCUGACGACUGUGUCCAUCAUAUUUCUCCUCUGCCUCACACCCCAGUCCGCCAUGCUUACUGCUCUGGGCAUCGUCCGAGAGCUGAAGAUUAACGGACCCUACUUUGACGUGUCUCUGUUGGUCUAUUCCUUCACGUUUCUACUGGAGACCAUCAACUGUAGUGUGAAUAUCAUAGUCUAUUACAACAUGAGCUCAAAGUUCAGGGAACGGAUACAAACCUGGCUUCCGUGCCUUCGAAGAGCAAAAGAUAUCUCUUAA